UUAAAAUGAAAAAUUUUGAUUUUAUACAAAUUUUAUAGAAGAAAAUGAAACCCUUUCUAUUUAUUACAAUGAAGUGAUUUAACCGUACCUAAUGGUUGAUAAUGAUAAAAAUAAAAAACAGGAGGAAUGCAACGAUGAAGCUCAAGCUAAAUGGUCGUGUCCUCCUAUAAGGAACGUAACGCAUCCCUUGCGUUAUUACGAGUUUACGCAGGAAGAAAUCAAAGCACUCGAAGAAUGUGACAAAGAGAGUUUCUAUCAGCGCUGCUUACCAUUCAGUUCUGUUUUUGCUGCCAUCACUUAUGCUGGUGUCAAAAAUGGUAUCCUGAGAAGAAAUCCACAUUUUGGUGCUGCACCAAAAGUUAUGUUUGCAGCUUUCAUUGGUUAUUCCUUUGGACGUUUAUCGUAUAUCUCCGAAUGCGAUUUAAAGCUUCGCCAUUUACCCGCCGACAGUAAUCUUGGAAAAAUUAUGCGACAAUAUUAUUUACAGAAUAAUCCGGCUAAGAAUUCCAAAUAGUUUAGAAUAUACAUAAUUUUUUUCAUGUCACACUACAAUUUUGAUAAAUUUCGGGAUUAGUUAUGUGUAUACAUAUCACUACACUAAAUCGGGAAAUGUUUUUGAAUGGACUAUAGUUUUGAUUUAAUUCUAAAUUUAGUUUUGGAUAGAUGAUGUAAUUUUAUUUAAUUCCUGAAUAAAGAAACAUUACAAAACAA